GAUGAAGCAGGAAUCCCGGGUAUACUAGUUGGAGUUUCAGUGGACGGACAGGAAGUCUGGUCAGAAGGUUUGGGUUAUGCUGAUGUAGAGAAUCGUGUAGUAUGUAAACCAGAGACCAUCAUGCGGAUUGCUAGCAUUAGCAAGUGUCUUACAAUGAUGGCUGUUGCUAAAUUGUGGGAAGAGGGGAAACUGGAUUUGGAUGCUCCAGUGCAGAAAUACGUCCCUGAAUUUCCAGAAAAAGUCUACGAGGGUGAAAAGGUCACUAUUACGACAAGACUAUUAGUCUCACACUUGAGUGGGAUUCGUCACUAUGAAAAAGAUAUUACAAAAGUAAAGGAAGAAAAGGAAAAGGCAAACAGAGCAUUAAAACUAACAAAACCCUGUCAGGAUAAAGAACAAAAAGAAAAAGAGGGCAAAGGGAUUGAAAAGACUGAUUCUGUCAAACCAAGGAAAGAACAUGAGGGUGAGGUAAAAAGCCAAAAUUCAAAACCUGGCAGGAGAGACAAGGAAUUUGAGCAAGAAGAGUAUUAUUUGAAGGAAAAAUUUGAAAGUGUGAUUGAAUCACUGAAGAUAUUUAAAAAUGAUCCUUUAUUCUUUAAACCAGGUAGUCAGUUCUUGUAUUCAACGUAUGGCUUUACUCUAUUAAGUGCUGUUGUGGAGAGAGUUUCAGGACAAAAAUUUACAGAUUAUAUGUUAAAAAUGUUUCGUGAUUUGGAUAUGCUGUCAACUGUACUAGAUGACAAUGAGGCAAUGAUAUAUAACAGAGCAAGGUGUUACGUGUACAACAAGAAGGGACGGCUGGUGAAUGCGCCGUACGUGGACAACUCUUACAAGUGGGCUGGUGGAGGCUUUCUCUCAUCAGUAGGUGACCUUCUGAAAUUUGGAAAUGCCUUGUUGUACAGUUACCAAGCCGGACAAUUUAAAAACACUAGAGGCAAACUUCUUCCUGGGUACCUCAAACCAGAAACGGUCACAAUGAUGUGGACACCAGUGCCAAAAACAGAAGUAUCAUGGGACAGGGAUGGUAAAUAUGCAAUGGCUUGGGCUGUGGUAGAGAAAAAACAACAGUGUGGCUGUUGCAGGCAGCAGAGACACUACGCAUCUCAUACGGGUGGCGCAGUGGGGGCAAGUAGUGUCCUCCUAAUUCUUCCUGAAGAGCUGGACUCUGAAGCUACAGAUACUGGGCUAGUGGCACCACCUAGAGGAGUAAUUGUUAGUAUUAUCUGUAAUAUGCAAUCGGUUUCACUCAACAGCACGGCCUUAAAGAUUGCAAGGGAAUUUGAUAAAGAAAAACGGGCACAAUAUACAGGUUAAAAAAGGAAAAUAAGUAACUUGUAACUGGACUGACUGCACAGAAACAUGAAAAACCAAUGG